AUGCUCCGGGUCUUGGCGCUGCUGCUCCAGCUGCUGCCGCUGCCCGUGCUCGCCCCGCAGCCCAAGGCGCAGGACGUGAGUCUGGGCGUGGACUGGCUGACACGCUACGGCUACCUUCCACCACCCCACCCAGCCCAGGCCCAGCUGCAGAACCCUGCAAAGCUUCGGGAUGCCAUCAAGGUGAUGCAGAGGUUUGCAGGGCUGCCUGAGAGUGGCCUCCUGGACCCAGCGACAAUGGCCACCAUGCAUAAGCCCCGCUGCUCCCUGCCCGAUGUGCUGGGGGUGGCUGGGCUGGUUAGACGCCGCCGCUAUGCUCUGAGUGGCAGUGUUUGGAAGAAGCGAACUCUGACAUGGAGGGUACAGUCCUUCCCCCAGAGCUCUGCACUGAGUGAGCAGACUGUGAGGACUCUCAUGCAUCAUGCCUUGACCGCCUGGGGUAUUGAGUCAGGCCUCAAAUUCCAGGAGGUGGAUUCUCAGAGCCCAACAGAGCCUGACAUCCUCAUCGAUUUUGCCCGGGCCUACCACAAGGACAGUUACCCCUUCGAUGGGCAGGGGGGUACCCUAGCCCACGCCUUCUUCCCUGGGGAGGCUUCCAUCUCUGGGGACACUCACUUCGACGAUGAGGAAAUCUGGACAUUUGGGUCAAAAGAUAGUGAGGGGACGGACCUGUUUGCUGUGGCUGUUCACGAGUUUGGCCAUGCCCUGGGCCUGGGCCACUCCUCUGCGCCUAACUCUAUCAUGAGGCCCUUUUACCAGGGCCCUGUGGACCAUCCCACCAAGUACCGCCUGUCCCAGGAUGACCGUGAAGGCCUGCAGCAGCUCUAUGGGAAAGUGUCCCAAACCCCGAAUGAUGAGCCCACAGGGAAACCCCUGGCUCCUCCUCCCCUGCCCCCUGCCCUGCCCCCUGCCCUGCCCCCGGACAGGCCCUCCUUCCCUGUCCCAGAUCGAUGUGAUGGCAAUUUUGAUGCCAUAGCCAACAUCCGUGGAGAAACCUUCUUCUUUAAAGGCCCCUGGUUCUGGCGCCUGCAACCCUCAGGACAGCUGGUGUCCCCCCGACCUGCCCAGCUCCACCGCUUCUGGGAGGGGCUGCCUUCCCAGGUGAAGGCCAUCCAGGCAGCCUACGCCCGGCACCGAGAUGGCCGAAUCCUCCUCUUCAGCGGCCCCCAGUUCUGGGUGUUCCAGGACCGGCAGCUAGAGCGUGCCGCGCGGCCACUGGAGGAGCUGGGGCUGCCCCCGGGGGAGGAGGUGGAUGCCGUGUUCUCCUGGCCACUGAACGGGAAGACCUACCUGGUCCGGGGCCAGUUCUACUGGCGAUACGAUGAAGCGGCUGAGCGCCCCGACCCUGGAUACCCGCGCGACCUGAGUCUCUGGGAGGGGGCGCCUCACUCCCCCGACGAUGUCACUGUCAGCAACACCGGUGACACCUACUUCUUCAAGGGCACCUACUACUGGCGCUUUCCCAAGGGCAGCGUCAAGGCCGAGCCGGACUCCCCUAAACCCAUGGGCCCCCAGUGGCUGGACUGCCCGGCCCCCAGCGCUGGCCCUCCCUCCCCGACGCUGCCCAAAGCGACUCUCAAGCCCGGAACAUGCAAUUGUCAGUGCGAGAUCAACCACGCCUCGGGGCUGCCAUUGGUGCCCCUCCUGCCGCCCCUUCUGCUGUCUCUUCUGCCCCUGCUUGUGGAGGAUGUCACCUUCUGCUGAGUGGGGACAGAAUGCUACACUGAAAGGGCUGGGUUUCCCACAGUGGGCCUGUGGGGGGUUGUGAUCGCUGCUAAGCCUUAUUCUCUGUUCCAAGGGGUGGGCUCAGCAUGGAUUCAGCUGGGCUUAGAUGGGGGACAGGGAGACAAAGUCUGGCCCUGGGACUUAACACAGGAAAUGGUCGGCCCCACCGCUCAUUGCCCACUCAGGUCUGUCCUUUUUCUGGAAUAACUGGCUUUUCUCAAGAGUGCAGCAGGCUGACUCCCCAUAGC